CAUUUGUGUGUGUGUGUGUGUGGGGUGAUGGGUGGAGGAUGACAUGUCACAUGGACGUGCCCUAAAUUAAUCCCGCGGAGGAAGCACUAGGUCCUUUGCUUUUGUUGCACAUGAGGUGUGGUGGUGGUGGAGGAGGAGCCCUAGGAAAGGUCGGGUUUUGGGCCUUUGAGAUUCGCGAUCGAUCCGUCUCUGAUCCCCAACUCCUCGUUUUUUCCCAUCCGAUCCGCGAUUUGGGCGAGCGGAGCGGAAAGCCGUGACGCGGAGAAGCAGCAGCUGGGGACUUCCUUUUCAGAUAGACCCUAUUUGGUGUUCGAGCUUAUUCCUAGUUGCUGGCGGAGCUUCAAAACAUUGCAUUUCUUUCAUUUCAAACUCCAACUUGCAACUUCGAGCUUCUGGUAACUAAAACGGAACCAACUAUUAUUGCUUCUCAAGAAGCAGUUACCUGAUGCAACCACCUAAAACUGUCUGGACAGCUAAUUAUGAUUGUUUCAAGUUAUGGAAGCAUCAUUGAAAGAACCCCUCGAUGAGGGAAAAGAAUCUCUUCCUAGGACUGAUAACAAGGAAGAUUCAGACAUUUGCAGUCAUUUUACAAUUCGUGGUUACGUUGCUGGUGUUCGGGAAAGAGAUGUAAAAACCUGUUGGCCAUUAUUUACGCCCUACAAUGAAAGUUGUAAGAAAACUACAAACAAGCUACCUCCAUUACAUGUUUCCAAUUUCAAGCGAUGGAAUUGUGUGAACUGUCUUCAUACAAUUAGCACCUCUGAAGAUGUGACUGGAAAAGCUGACUUGAGGGUACUUGAGAAUAAAGAAAAAAAGAAAGAAAAAUCCUUAAUUUUUUUAAGUUCCAAUUCAAAAAGAUCAUUUUCUGAUCAAAAGCAUUUUUCUGAAAAUACCAUACCUGGAGAGAGACUUGUGCCAGGUUCUUCUAAUAACAUCAGCCAUGUUGCGUUCAAUUCAGAUCUGUGUCACAGAAAGCAACCGAACCAAACCAUAACAAAAGAUGUGGCAACGGGUCUCCAAAAAUGCAUAUAUAGGAAUUUUAGAUCCAAAGAGAAUCAAAAUUGGUUAUGUAAACCUACCUCUGUUGUGGCAGGAGAUGAAUUUCAAGCCGGAAGAGAUCUAAGAAGGAAUACAGUUAUCAUCAAAGACAAAUGGUUGUCUGCUUUUCUUUAUCAUGAUGCUUCUCAUACUUUCUGUGACAAACCAAAUGGAGGUGCUAAUGUUGGAGAUCCUGAUGUAUUUCUGAAAUUAAGUGGUACUGAUCUCACGGAUCAGAGAGACAGUGAAGGAGUUACUAUUAAAACAAAAGCAAUUGUAAAAUCUGACAGCAAACCCAAAGAAUGUAAGAUGUUUGAGGUUCAAUUUGGUGCUUCAGAAGAUAAUGUUGUAACUCCUGUUGCAGGCAACAUGUUUGUUCAUGAUUUGGUGAAUUUAGAGCAGAGAAAUCUUGAAGCAUCAUAUUGUAAAAUGGGUUUGUCGAAUAGUAAGAACCGCGGUCCACUUCAGGACAGUGUGUCUAGUGAUUCACUUGGAAAAGUGAACCAUAAAAAGGUCCGAAAGCUACGCUUUAUUGAGGAUAUUAUGAAAACUGAAGAGUUGCACAUAUCUAAGAAGAUUCGCACUUUCAAAGGACAUGGAGAAACAUGUGGUGUAGAUAAAAACCAUGGAUCUGAUGCAUCAAAGUGUGAAGCACAACUUGGAGACCUAAAUUGCAGUUCUUAUAAUGAUGGUUUAGAAGUUAAUCAGAACAAAGAGGAGGAACUUUCUCUGAUACAUUGGCUUAAGAAGGUUUCAAAGAAAUUUGUCACUAAUGAUUCCCAGAGAAAGAAAGCUCUGGCUGAAAAAGAAUAUGUUGAAAUUAAGGAGAAGAAGAAUAGUGUUGGGAUAUCCCACAGUAGAUAUAAUGACAAUGAUGCAGAUCCCCUUCAGCAAGGUUUCAAAGUAGAUAAACGUAACAAAAAGCAUAUUGUUGAAAAGGAAAAUAAGGUACUUUUAGUAAAAUCAAGGGACAAUUGCUUCAUUCAACAACAAAAAGAUUGGGUUUGUAGAGGUGCAAUAAUGAAAAAGAUUCAUACUGGAAAUGCUGUUCAUAAAAUGGGAAGAAUACAUUCUACAAAUAACUUACUACCUUUUCUAGGAAAUGUAGGCAAUAGUAGUGAGAAAAGGGCUAGAAGGAAAAUGGUGUCUCAUGUCGAGAGCAGAGAUUCUUCCCAAGUAAAAUGGUCAGAGAAAGAAAUUGUUAAGAAACGAAAGAUUUCAACAACAGUUGACAAGGAAACUCUUGAUGAUAUUCCGAUGGACAUUGUUGAACUCUUAGCAAAAAACCAGCAUGAAAGAAAUUUAGUGAAUACUGAUGUCACUUGUAAGAACAAACACGAAUUAUCAAUGGCACAAGGUGAGAUACGGAAUGGAUAUGAAUCAUAUGUUUCAGGACAUUGUGAAGACAAGGUUUCAAAUGCAAAAUAUAAGAGCUAUUCCAAUCCUAAUGAUAUAGGAUAUGAUAUCCCUACUGCUUCCUGCAGUACUCAGAAUGCUGAAUGUGGAGCCAGCAAAUCUGAGCAUAGGAAGCAAAUCCUUAUUGAUCUUAAUCAGCAAGCUACGGAGUUUAUGACAAUUCCUCAAUAUGAUGGACACCAAUCAUAUGCAACCGACGAUUCUAAGAAAAUCUACCCUUCUCAAAGUUCUUCAUGGGACCAAAUGAGGCUACACAAUUUGGAAUCAUACCAAACAUAUCAGGGAUUUUCUGUUCCGUGUUCAAGCAGAGCUACACAUCAUGUUUUGUCAUCACCAUUGAUAGGAAGAAAAUAUAGCACUGACAUGGGGAACAUUGAUCCUUGUUGUAAUCAUGGGAAAAUGAUUCCUUCUGAUUCAUUGUUUGAUAGAAGUCAGAAGACAGUUUCUCAAGAGUCUGAGGUUUCUGAAAGAAUGAAUCUCAUAGGCUCCUAUUUUGUAAGUGGGGGAGGACCAUCCUGGCAAUCAUCAAACGGAACUCAAAUGGCCAGAUCAUAUUGUAUGGAUGGAAGAAAUAGGCUUCAUUCAGGAAGUAUGGUUCCCAUGGAGUUGCAUACCGAUGAAACUGUUCCAGCACUGCAUUUGCUUAGGCUAGUUGAUCAGGCAGCUCAUCCAGUUGCCUCAUGGGAUUUAAACUUCACAGGAAAUGCCCAAAAUUCUUUGUUAAAUCAACCCCCUGAGAUGCUUGGUAUGAAAGUUGGUCUCAAAAUUAGAGAGACACCUGAAAAUCCAUUUGCAGCUCCAUACUCUACUUGUGAUCAAAAUGAUGGAAAAUCGAGCAGACCUUAUCGCCCAGUUCCCAGAGUAGGCGAUCUUGGGUCUUUGCUACAAAAAGAGAUCAUGUCUCAAUCAAACUAUGCAUCAUUGGGUUAUAAAGAUUGGUGUUAUAAUAAACUGCCAUCUUGCUGCAUCGGUGGGAUAGAGAAAAUGCAUGCCCCUUCAGAAAUUACCAAGAUCAAUCUCUCGUCCAUUGUAAAUAACAAGAAGAAUACAAAAUGUGGUGAUUCUUUUGUACAUAAAUUUGACAUGGGUCAGGCCUCGAUCAGCAAAAUGGAUGGACUAGUCCAGUCAAUGAGGCAUCAAUAUGUUCCUGUAAACUGCAUUAUCAACCAAAACCCUGCUGACUUCAGCCUACCUGAUGAUGACAAUGUUUACAUGCGAGGAAGUGAGGAUCAAAGCCUUAUAUGCAUAUUUCCCCAGCUCGAAAGUGAAAACAGCUUUCCAAACAGAAGCUCGUGGUACCAAACUCAUCAUGAUAGGAAGAAGUGGCCAGUUGCCAAGCUGCCCACUGUUAAGGGGUGACACAAGAAGUGAUCUUAAACGUUUCGUCUUAAGCUAUAUUCUGCAUGACUAUUGCUGCUAGAUGUAACUGUAUUGUGUAUAUUAUCUAGAUUAUGGUUUGUAUUGACUUCGGCAAUGUCUUAAAAUGCUUUACUAAAAGCAUGGAGUGAUGAUGUUGAUGAAGAAUUUUAAUUUUCUGUCUUUCAAGUUUGAAUCUGAGGUUUUCCAUGAAACAAGCAGAAAAUAGUGCAAUACUGGUAUUUGUACCUGACGCUGUUUUAGUUAUAUCCUCAUUCUGGAAUGUAAUUCCAAAUAAAUAAAGCUGCUGAAAGACCUUGGAUUUUCACACAUUAUCUUCUUGGCCUGAUCUCGGUCAGCUUUCUUUUC